UUCUAGGUAUCCACAGAGAACUUUCAUGCUGGAUUACAGACGUGUUUGACAUGUUUAAUUUGUUUUCUUCCUAUCACCUGAAGGUUUCUCACUGCAGGACUGCUCUGGGACACAGGGUUCUAGGGCAUGAACUAUACAAGAUUAAUCAAGUCUCAAGAUUGAAAACCAUAACUUUAUAAUAUUUGGAUGUAUAAUAAUUUACAGAUAGACUGAAUUGUGACCCUAAUCUGACUACUGGGAUUAUUAGUAAUCUAUAGAGGGAGAGCCAGUGUCUAGGUAUCUUCCUCAUAAACCAAAGAUCUGGGCCAGAAUUUGGCAGUCUUCUCUGGAACCCUGAGGGCUGCUCAGCAUGGAGGCAGAGAACUACAAGGAUGUCUGAAAGGGCACUGGACUGCUAUCCUACUUACCAAAGAGGCCAGCUCUCAAUGUUGCAAGAAAAAAUAGACCAUUUGGAGCAUUUGCUAGCUGAGAAUAAUGAGAUCAUCUCAAAUAUUAGAGAUUCGGUCAUCAAUUUGAGUGAGUCUGUGGAGGAUGGGCCAAAAAGUUCACAAGGCAAUUUCAGCCAACGUGCUGGCUCACCUUUUCUGCCAUCGAAAAAAUUGUCCCUCACAGUUGACCCUGAAGACUGUCUAUUUGCUUCACAAAGCGGAAGUCAGAAUGCAGAUGUGCAGAUGUUGGAUGUUUACAGUUUAAUUCCUUUUGACAAUCCAGAUGGUGGAGUUUGGAAACAAGGAUUUGACAUUACCUAUAAACUUAAUGACUGGGACACUAAGCCCCUUCAAGUCUUUGUGGUGCCUCAUUCCCAUAAUGAUCCAGGUUGGUUGAAGACUUUUGAUGACUACUUUAGAGAGAAGACUCAGUAUAUUUUUAAUAACAUGGUCAUCAAGCUGAAGGAAGACUCACGGAGGAAAUUUAUAUGGUCUGAGAUCUCUUACCUUUCAAAGUGGUGGGAUACUAUAGAUAUUCAAAAGAAGGAUGCUGUUAAAAGUUUACUAGAAAAUGGUCAGUUGGAAAUUGUAACAGGUGGCUGGGUUAUGCCUGAUGAAGCUGCUGCACAUUAUUUUGCCAUAAUUGACCAACUAAUUGAAGGACAUCAGUGGCUGGAAAAGAAUUUAGGAGUGAAACCUCGGUCUGGUUGGGCUAUUGAUCCUUUUGGACAUUCACCAACAAUGGCUUAUCUUCUAAAACGUGCUGGAUUUUCUCACAUGCUUAUCCAGAGAGUUCAUUAUGCAGUUAAGAAGCAUUUUGCGUUGCAUAAAACACUGGAGUUUUUUUGGAGACAGAAUUGGGAUCUGGGAUCUAUCACAGAUAUUUUUUGCCACAUGAUGCCCUUCUACAGCUAUGACAUCCCUCACACUUGCGGACCUGAUCCUAAAAUAUGCUGCCAGUUUGAUUUUAAACGGCUUCCUGGAGGCAGAUUUGGUUGUCCCUGGGGAGUCCCCCCAGAAACAAUAAAUCUUGGAAAUGUCCAAAACAGGGCUGAGAUGCUUCUGGAUCAGUACCGAAAGAAGUCAAAACUUUUCCGCACUACAGUGCUCCUGGCCCCACUAGGAGAUGAUUUCCGCUAUGUUGAACGCACGGAAUGGGAUCAUCAGUUCAAGAAUUAUCAGAUGCUUUUUGAUUAUAUGAAUUCUCAACCUCGGUAUAAUGUUAAGAUUCAGUUUGGAACUUUAUCAGAUUACUUUGAUGCCCUGGAUAAAGAAGAUGCAACUAGUAGAAUGAAUAGCCAGUCACUGUUCCCUGUUCUAAGUGGAGAUUUUUUCACUUACGCUGACCGAGACGAUCAUUACUGGAGUGGCUACUUUACAUCCAGACCUUUUUACAAACGAAUGGAUAGAAUAUUGGAAUCCCACUUAAGGGCUGCUGAAAUUCUCUACUAUUUCGCCCUGAAACAAGCUCAGAAAUACAAGAUAAGUGCAUUUCUUUCAUCAUCCUCUUAUACGGCGCUUACAGAAGCCAGAAGGAAUGUGGGACUGUUUCAACAUCAUGAUGCUAUCACAGGAACCGCAAAAGACUGGGUGGUUGUGGAUUAUGGUACCAGACUCUUUCAUUCAUUAAUGAAUUUGAAGAAGAUAAUUGGAUCUUCCACACUACUACUACUUUUGAAGGACAAACACUCAUAUGAAUCAUACUCUUUUGAUACUCUCCUAGAGAUGGAUUUGAAACAAAAAUCACAAGGUUCCCUGCCACAAAAAAAUAUAAUAAAGCUGAGUGCUGAGCCAAGGUAUCUUGUGGUCUAUAAUCCUUCAGAGCAAGAACGAACCUCACUGGUCUCAGUCUGUGUGAGUUCCCCCACAGUAAAAGUGUCCUCUGCUUCGGGGAAGCCUGUGAAAAUUCAGAUGAGUGCGGUUUGGAAUACAGCCACUACUAUUUCACAAACAGCCUAUGAGAUCUCUUUUCUAGCACAGAUGCCACCAUUGGGACUGCAAGUGUAUACACUUUUGGAAUCAUCGAGUUCAUAUCCACAUGUAGCUGAGUAUGUCCUGUAUAAUGGUAACAUAGAAAAUAAAGGCAUUUUCAAUGUGAAGAAUAUGAAAAAUGCUGAAGAAAUAACUCUGGAGAACUCUUUUAUUAAGCUUCAGUUUGGUCAAUCUGGGCUUAUGGAGGAAAUGAUAAAUAAAGAAGAUGGUGAACCUCAUAAGGUAAAAGUACAAUUUUCAUGGUAUGGAACCACAAGUAAAAAGGACAAAAGUGGUGCCUACCUCUUCUUGCCCGAUGGGGAAGCCAAACCUUAUGUUUACACAACCCAACCCCUUGUCAGAGUACAACGUGGAAGGUUUUAUUCGGAUGUAACUUGCUUUUUUGAACAUGUUACCCAUAGUGUCCGACUGUACAACAUACAGGGAAUAGAAGGACAGUCUGUGGAAGUUUCCAAUAUUGUGGACAUCCGAAAAGAAUAUAACCGUGAGAUUGCAAUGAGAAUUUCUUCUAACAUAAACAGCCAAAAUAGAUUUUAUACAGACCUAAAUGGAUACCAGAUUCAACCUAGAAUGACAAUGAACAAGUUACCUCUUCAAGCAAAUGUGUAUCCGAUGACCACAAUGGCGUAUAUCCAGGAUGCCCAGCACCGCUUGACCCUGCUCUCUGCUCAGUCUUUAGGUGUAUCGAGUUUGGAAAGUGGUCAGAUUGAAGUUAUCAUGGAUCGAAGACUCAUGCAAGAUGAUAAUCGUGGGCUUGAGCAAGGUGUCCAUGACAACAAGAUUACAGCUAAUUUAUUUCGAAUACUACUAGAAAAAAGAACUGUCGUGAAUAUGGAGGAAGAAAAGAAGGCAGUCAGUUAUCCUUCCCUUCUUAGCCACAUAACUUCUUCUUUCCUGAAUCACCCUGUCUUUACAAUGACAGAGAAGAGCCCCGUGCCCACCCUUCAGCUGCUGGGUGAAUUCUCCCCACUACUGUCAUCUCUGCCUUGUGACAUUCAUUUGCUUAAUCUGAGGACAAUACAAUCAAAGGUGGAUGGCAAGCAAUCCGAUGAGGCGGCCUUGAUCCUCCACAGGAAGGGCUUUGAUUGCCGCUUCUCCAACAGAGACACGGGGCUGCUUUGUUCCACUACCCAGGGGAAGCUACAAAUUAGCUCAAGUCUCCACAUCUUAAGAAAGCACUUUCUCAACCUUCAGUCUCCUCUCCUUGUCAACAUGAAAAUGCACAGCCGGAACAUAUUGAUACAGAAACUUUUUAACAAAUUUACUGUUGCAAAUCUCGUACCUUCAUCGUUGUCCUUGAUGCAUUCACCUCCAGACGUCCGAAAUAUAAGUGAGAUCAACUUGAGGCCCAUGGAAAUCAGCACAUUUCGAAUCCAGUUGAGGUGAAUCUGGCUUUCAAAUUUGGACUGUGAAGCAUUGGCUUAUCUACACUUCUUAAUUUAACGUGCAAUAAGAAGCACAUUAUUUAAGCUUCUGGCUACUGUGAGGACAUGAAUUCUGUGUUUUGUGUUUAACCAUUACAUAAGAAAAAAAAGCCAUGCUACAACCAGUUUGGGUUUUUUUGUGUGUUUUUUUAAGUUUCUUUCAUCAACUACUACCGUCUGUAUGAAUUGAUGCAACAAACAAAGAAAUGUCUGAAGAGAACCUCUCAACAGAUUGUAUCUCAGGUUAAAUACUAACUAAUUAUAUCUGUGUUGGGGGUUGUGAAGAGAUUGUUACGAGUCUUCAUGUUGCUGGUCCUUUGAUAAUUUUACAAAAAUGCCCACUUUUAUCAAAAUGGAAUAAAAAGCUGGUGGGUAAUAGCUAAUGGCCAAAAUGGUUGUAAACAUUCAUAUGCAUUAGAAAAUGUUCUUGUGUUGAAAUAUGUGGAAAAGUGCAAUUCAUCAACCCUUAUGGUAUAUGUAGUUGAUUUUCACACUUUUUUCUAAUGUACCACUUAACCCUUCCCUGCCUAUCCUUUGUAAAAUAUUUCCAGAAAUAUCCGAUUUUGAAUCAUUCAGUAGUAGAAAAAGAGGCAUAUUUUCAUUACUUGACAAUGUGGGAUAGGUGCAAUUUAUUACAUUGUCACUAAAAUAGAAGAAGCAAUUCCAUAGGUACCAUAACCUAUUUUAGGUACCACAAGGUGUCUUUUUACACAGCUCAUUUGAAUACAGAUGUUCUGAGAAGGGGUUUUCUAUUUUAAAAAUACCAUAUCAAAAUGAAUGUGCCUUAUUUUUGUAUAAGUCUUGUUAAAUCUUUUAGUGUCCAUAUUACCGUUUAGGGAAGGGGGGAGGUUGGGGCAGAAGAGAGCGUGGGUACUUUCUAUGACACAUAAAUUGUAAAAUUUUUGCCUGACAAUGCUGGCCACAUUCUGAUCUGUUGCAUUAAAUUUGUGGUGAUUUACUCUAAACAUUUUGACUAUUUGAAUGUACUGAAAUCUCAGAAAACAAAACAAGGGGAAAAUAUACUUAAUUAAAAUAUGCUGCUGCCAAGGAGACUGCAACUUGAAGCAAGGAUUCUGUAAUGUGCAAAGUCCACGCCCAGUUUCCACUUCAGAGGAGUUAACCACAUUGAAGAGAGAAUGCUUUAAAAUAGACCUCGUUUGGAAACCCAAUUAUAUGUAGCUCUUCAUGACUUAUCAUAUUCAAGAAUAUGUCUGUUCACUGAAUUCCACACUUUUGUAUGUGUGCGCUAACCUCCAAUUGAAGUUCUGAGCCCGUGGGCCACUACAAUACUUUUUAUAAAAUUUAUUUGGGGUCAUUGUUAACUUAAUAUUAAAAUAAAAGCAACAUUUAAACUAUUCAGUUUUAAUAUAAAAAGGAUUGAGUAUCUUCAUUUCUGAAAGUGCUCUUUGUGUUAAACUAAUAGAUUAUUGUCUGACUUUAAACUUCCAUUUACCUCCUGUUAUUCCAGCAUCUUUUUAGAGAAAUUAAAACCUAAUUUCUGUUUCACCAGGUAGUCUAAUUAUCAUCUGGAUUUUUCAUCAAGAUACAGCUCCUAAGAUUAUUGUUAUGUUAAAUUCAUACACUUCUUCCACCUUUAGUAAUUAAGGAAACACUACUGGUGGUGAUAAAGAUAUUAAAAGGGAGUAGUUUCAUGCAAUAAACAUGUACUGUAAGUUUCCUUCCUGGUUUGGGGGGAAUAGACGACUAAAAAAGAAACAAAAACUUCCUUUUUGUGGACUUGCUCGUUACAGACCUUAGAAUUGUCAGAGCAAGUUCCAGGAAUAAGAUCAAUAUUUUCAUUGCAUCUUAAAUGUAGAAUCUUCCUAUGGGAGUUCACUGUGGUCUGGGAAUUCUGAUCAGUUGAAAUAACAUAUCUUGAUGCAAUAACAGUGGUUUUGCCACUUCUGGUUGUUUAAGGUUGGUCUGUCCCAUGUCAGUCAGGUCUUAUUCAGUGUGUAUUGCCACUAACUGCUCACAGGUAAAGCAGAAAUUUUCUUUAACAAGCAAGUUAUCAGGGAAAUGAAGAGGGGAUGCUUUUGCUUUGGGCUGUGAUCAAGAACUGAUUAAAUCAUCAGUGUCUCCAGCGUAUACUAAAAACCAUACAUUUCAAUUGUGAUCUCAGUGGCAUAUUUGUGUGCCUAGGUUUUAUUACAGUUAUAACAGAUGUUCAGUUGACCAAGUAGUUCAUUACUUUCUCCUAUCUUUUUUAUUUUUUUGGAAAUUUUAAUUUGGGACUUUAACUGCAGUGUUUGAGAAUUCAGCAUCCUUAUUUUCUACAAAUACUGGCUAAAAUAAAAUGCUGUAAAGUGUGUUGUAAAACAUUGUAAUUACCUUCCCAUGUCUUUGUUGUACUUGUGCCGAAAUGUUUUCACAUCCUUUUGUCUGGAAGGAAAUCUUCGCUUUCAUUUUAUGUUGCUUACCUUGGAAUCAAUAGGUUUUGAUAUUUUCUCUUGGAAGAUUUUAUAUCUUUUUGGGAACAUGUAAUAUAAGAUAUCUAAUAAAAGAUAAAUCUUAUCACGUA